ACUUAUGAAUUACGAUUUUAAUCACAAUACUUCUAUUGUYUUGGUAGUUAGGCUUAAUGACUUCGUUGUUAGAGUARAKGCUACUACUCUGAGGUAUCCAGUGCUUAACGUGGGCAAAGGUUCCGGACAUAGCCGGAAAAGGGAGAUUCUGCGAAGACGCUUUGAUCCUUGGACAGUUGUUGUUUUGACAGCGUUUAAAGUUUGACUGUAGCYAUGCCAMGKAGUGAUUCUCCMAGUCGCCGGACKUCCAUGGUCCAAGCRCCGGACACCUUACAGCUUACUCAUCAUAAAACGUCGUUAACAGUCAACGAAAGCCGAUAUAACAGAAGACUUUCUACCUCUUCACAGAGCAGUACAAUCUAUGGUCGGAGAAGAUCGUACGCCAUGCCACGAUUCGGCAAUAAUCCUUCAGCUGAAAUGACACCAAAGUUUCUCAACAGUUAUAAAACUGAACCAGACGAAGACAAGCGUUUUCGCGCCAAAGCUGUGACUGAUAUCAUUCAAAAUACUCUCAAAGAGAAACUUGAUGGCAUUGAGUAUUCUUCAGAGCGUGCUCGAAGGAUUGUAGCGCCAAUUAGUGAGGAAAUCAAGGCAGCAGUGAAGACCUUGGGUUUUGAUCGGUACAAACUUGUGUGUGUUGUGCAUAUUGGGUCUUUAAAUGAUCAAGAUUUGCGGAUUGCUAGUCGCUGUUUAUGGGAUGAUGGCUUUGAUCGAGUUGCUUCUUCUUCGUUCUACAAUGAAACUUUGUUUGCAUGUGCCUCAGUGUUCGGUGUUUAUCGCGAAUAACCGAAUCAAUAUAACGGUGCAUACAAGAUGUCACGCCUUGAGAUGUCGGAUUCCUCAAAUAGCUACUAUAUAACUAAAACUUAUCAAACAGGUUUUUGGUAUGAAAAUCAAGGGGACAUUUAUUUAAAAUCACUGAAUAGAGCUACACAAUUACAAUAAUAAAGAGAGAGAGAAGUUUGAACUUUAAUUCUGACAGAAAGACGAGUGCUAUUGUAGGCUGUAUGACUCAUCAUUUGGAAGACUUUUGCAGUAAUGGCAUUCAGCCUUUUCAUUAUUCUAAAAUGUGCGAAGUUCUAGAAACAUCAAAUAUAGUCAAAAGCAGUUAAAAUGGUAAAGUUGGAAAAGCCGAGUUUACUUUUUAUUCCACAAGUUUGACUGCCUAUAAUUUAUUACUAUUGUGCUGCCAUGGAAACGUACCGCGUAAAAGAUAUACCGUGAUAUACUGGAUCUAUACAAUGACAUGGGCGAAGAAACUGGCAUCUGUGUUGACUCGUCGUCGAUAUUCAGUGGUUUUGGACACGGGCUUGCGUGCGGCUUGAAGUGAAAGCAGUUUAGGAGACUGAAUCCAUAAUUGACGAGAGCCCAUGACAUCCAGUCUUCACUGAAGAAAGCAAUUAGGAAGAGCAACGGCUUAAAACUUAUACAACUUAAAACUUAAAAUUAAACAUAUAUAGCUGAUUUAUAUAACUAAAGAAAUGACGACUUGCGUUUUUUAAGUCUUUUUUUACAGGUUUUAAAUUCGCAACCGUCGAAAACUCGGGCUCCCUGUGCUAAUGUUAUAUAGUCCUCUUCGACCUUUUAUAAUUGAUGUGUUUCACUCUAUUGACAGUUCAUUUACAAAAGUUCAGAAUUCAUUAAACGACGAAUUCAUCAAGUACUUUGCGUAUUUGACAAGCCACUCGUAGCGAAGUGAGUGUAAAAUGACUUUACUGAUUUCAUACAAAGUGUUGAUAGGCUGGUCGUAUUUGAUUUGGCAGUAGACCUGUAGGAUAAAAUUACCCAAAAAACUUUGAAAAUAGUGAAUGAAAAGGUUGACUUAUUUUUGGUGCAAAAAAACAAUAUGUUAAUACUCCAAUUUCGAGUUCUGGUUAGCUCUGUGUUAGCAUCAAAACCAAGUAAAAUAUUGUUUUGUUUUAUUGAUAGACCGAGAAAACGCAUGGAAUUUGAAGAGAGACAAUAGAAUUGAUUUGAAAUCUCAUACUUUUAUUCUCACAUUUAGGAAUAUUUUGCGCAGAAAUGAGGCUAACACAGAGCAUUGGAGAUUUCGAAACUGGAUUAUUCUUCAGUCAGUUUACUAAGUAAAUUUGUAAAGUUCAAGAGGAUAUUUAGUGUGCCACAAAGUUUUGUCUUUAAGCAGAUGAGUAACAAAUCCCGGGACAUAUAUGCUGCAAACUGUAUUUUAUAACAUACAGACAUUAAAAUGCCUUUUAGGAAGA